GUGCGGCCGCUACAGCCAUCGAACGGACAACACUGUCUGUGUUUAUAACAGCAGCAAUAAAGGAAUAAGUAGCUGUGGUGCAAUCAGUAUCCGUAAUACAGAAUCGAUCGCGACGACACUAAGCUACGCUCGUAUCGUACUGCCUUUCGGAAGUUGCCAACCCCUACCGGAUCAGCAGUUAUCGUCGGAGUUCAUUGAUAGAGGAUAAUUCAGGAGACUGCCACUGCAUCAUAUGAACAGCUUGAUUCACUCAUCGUUGGGAAUCUACUCCAUUCGAGCUCGUGAGUCACAUCUCCACGGAGGAAGCCACGCAUCUAAAUGAUCCUCUCAGCGUAAUUCUCCAGGAGCGAUUGGAGGAUGUAGAGGAGGCCUACCCGUGGAUCAUUCACCUUGAGUUCUGUAAACACUCUGCUGAAUUGUGUUGGAAGCGCUGGUGCCCUGUUAUUUCAUCAUCCCCUCACGCCAUCAUCGACGCCUGAGGAUGCAGUCAUCACUCAAAACCCCAGGCAGCGUAGCUCCCUCAGGUCGACCCAUCAAAUGCGUCGUUGUGGGAGACGGUACCGUGGGGAAGACGUGCAUGCUCAUCUCGUACACAACUGACUCCUUUCCCGGCGAGUACGUGCCCACGGUCUUCGACAAUUACUCGGCGGCAAUGACGUGCGAUGGAGUGGCCGUGUCCUUAGGUCUAUGGGACACAGCGGGACAAGAAGACUACGAUCGCUUGCGACCUCUGUCCUAUCCCCAAACUGACGUUUUCCUCGUGUGCUUUUCGGUCGUUAGUCCGUCGUCUUACGAUAAUGUCCUCAGUAAAUGGCAGCCCGAAAUCAAACAUCACUGUCCCGAGGCGCCGAUCAUCCUUGUGGGUACGAAAAGCGAUCUCCGGGACGACAAAGAAGCCCUACAACAGCUACAGGAUCAGGGGAUCGCCGGACCGAUUCGUCGCGAUCAAUGUCAGAAACUGGCGACGAAAAUCCGAGCCGUCAAAUAUCUCGAAUGCUCAGCUUUAACGCAGCGAGGCCUGAAGCAGGUGUUCGAAGAAGCCGUGCGCGCUGUUCUGAAACCAGAACCAUACAAGAGAACCCCGAAGAAGUGCGCACUCAUGUAAAAUACGCAGACGAGCAGCUGUGGAUCGGCGCACGCAACGCCGACCAUCUUCAUCUAGCCCUCCAUACUGAUGAGUCGUGAACGAUAAAUAUUUACACCAUAUUUUGGAUACACGUUAUGCUGCGAGUGGAGCUCAGGGCAGGAUCCUCGAAUGGAUCGGGACUCACCGGGGACAUUGCAGAGAGCUUCGAUCCCGACUGAGAGGAAUGAGAAGAAUGAUGCACUUUUCGGAAGCAGUUUUUUUGGCUCACGCGAGCAGGAACUCGCGCGCUUCGCUUGUCUCACUGAAACGCGAUGGCAGAAGCGACUGCUCUUCACUGCCCCACGUUCGCCUGCGAACCUUCAUUAGUGGAAAGCUUUUCUUCAACUACCUUAAUCCCUUGCGACGGUUAGAAUCCGUCCUCGAAGCCGAAACCCCAUUCCGUAUUCGGCUCUACUUGACUGUUUUCCCGUGUCGAUCCGACAUCGGGACCUCGAUUUUUCCCCCGAAAAAUUUUGUUCGAAUCUCAGCCCGGAUGUGAACCCUUCAAGUCAUAAGUUUCGAACGACGUGUUCUGAGGUGUAUCGUACUCCGCGAUUCUUGCCGUACGAUGGUCCCAUUUUGGCUUGAGAGCUGCGCCGGGGCUUUUGUCCUGCUGCACUGGACCCUUUUCUGGAGUUCGUGAUGUACGGGAUGCAUGACUCAUUGACUCGUGGAAUGAGCUGAAGUAAAUUACGGUUCCGCAGGAGCGGAAGAUGAUAGGGAUGUUCAAUGUGUUGCGGGUUCUCGGUCGAUCUUCGAAAGAUUUCAGUGAUUUCGAGUCGAGAACCCCCGUAAAUCAAGAUCUUUCUCGAUGGAUCACCCGCACGGGAGACGAAGAAAAUACUUGGAUUUGAGCGUGAAUACAAUAAGGAACACUGGUGAUAAAAAGCAAGCGGAAUAUAUAACAACGAUGAUGAGAAUAAUAAUAAGAAAAAUCCAACAAUACAUUUUGGGACCUCCAGGACGAACGACAUUGCGUGCUGAGCGAAUAAAUUUAAUAUAUUUACUAAAA